AUGUCGUCUCCAAGUCCGGGCAAGAGGCGAAUGGAUACCGACGUGGUGAAACUCAUUGAGAGUAAGCAUGAGGUCACCAUCCUCAGUGGACUCAAUGAAUUUGUUGUGAAGUUUCACGGACCUCCUGAAACAUCGUACGAAGGAGGUGUCUGGAAGGUCCGGGUUGACCUACCGGAUAAAUAUCCCUUCAAAUCCCCCUCAAUAGGAUUCAUGAAUAAAAUCUUUCAUCCCAACAUCGAUGAAGCGUCAGGCACCGUGUGUUUAGAUGUCAUCAACCAGACGUGGACAGCUCUUUACGACCUCACCAACAUCUUUGAGUCGUUCCUCCCUCAGCUGCUCGCCUACCCAAACCCCAUCGAUCCUCUGAAUGGGGACGCAGCUGCCAUGUACCUGCACCGACCCGAGGAUUAUAAGCAAAAGAUCCAAGAGUACAUCCAGAAGUACGCCACAGAGGAGGCUCUAAAGGAACAGGAGGAGAGGGGGGGCGACUCCUCUUCCGAGAGCUCCAUGUCAGACUUUUCAGAGGACGAGGCUCAGGACAUGGAGUUGUAGUGAAGGGGGCGAUCCUGUUCCUUUCGGCUCACAACAGACAGUCCUUUCCUAAAGAGCAGAAACUCAGUGCUAUAUUCAUAUUUAAACAAGACACUUUUUUACAGCAACACAAGGAUUUUUAUUGCUAUACAAGGAUUUGCAGUAUGAUAUUGCAGAAUAUUAACCCUUACUUAGGCGUCCAAGACCACCUGCCCAUCGCCCUCCUCUUUGCCCCAUAGCGUGUUUCGAUCAGAAAGGAGUGCGUCAUUCAUUUCCACAAUCUUUGGUGGCUUCAAUUAAGGCUUUUGACGAUGCAUGUCCAAACUGAGCAGUGAGACCAAUGCAGGACGAAGGAGGACUGACAUAAAAUACUCAAGUUUUAGUUUUCCUCUUGUAUUUAUUCAACACUUUUACUGGCUCAUCGGGCAUCUCCCUGAAAGAGGACGGCAGGAUGACGGCCGCUCCAUUUCUGAGCAGUCUCAACUUCAAAAGAGUGCGGAUUCCCAUUUGUGUUGAAGCGUCACCAUACAUCUUCAGAAUUUUUUUACACCCCGUCUCCCGAGGAGUUGCCAUCACGAUACUCGCGUCCAUACGAGCGGGAGGCCGCGGCGCCGCAGCUCGUUCCCCGUGUACAGACUGCCGUGGCUGCAGACGGCCUCCGGGACAGGACCGCAGACCUGCUGACGCACCACACGAGAGCAACGCGUCGAACCAUGACAGCACCACAGCAUGCGUGGGACUAGGCGUGUAAGUGUGCGUGGGUGCCUGUGCCUGUGCAUGAAUGUAAUCCAGGGAGACUCAUGUUGUGAAUUGAAAAUCUGUGUUGUAUUGACCCCUGAGCAGAAACCCCAAGACGAGGCUCACACACCCGACGCCUCGUUCGUCAAACACACAUCUCCGCCUCCUCUCCGUUUUAGGAAAGUGUUUGUCAUUCUCUGAGUAUCUCUGUAUAUUAUGGCAUGGCACCGAAGUAAAGUUGUGUAGCGCUUUGUGGAGCUGUAGAAAAGGGGGAGGACGCCUGCGUGCAGGGCCUCUGCAAGCCGGGCAGGUUGGGUGGAGAUUAUCCAGGUUCUUGUUGAAUAAUUGAACUUAUUAACUUUGCCUAUUGCUUGUGUUGAACUAUAAUAGGUGUUUGACUUGCGUAGGAAUAGUUAGUUGUUUUUUUGUUUUUUGUUUUUGCGGGUGGUGAAUCCUAUCCUUAUGUAUUGUUUGAUACUUGUAUAACACAGUAGUUUCCUCACUAAUUGUCCUGUAAAGAUGAGGAGGAUUAAUACAUCUUUGUCUGUGGGAGGACUCUUUAAGACGACAUGUUGCACCCCUGCUCCACCUGCACCCCCUUCUUAUGCAAAUGCAUCAAAGACGAUUUACGCUGUCGAGUCAGAAGUUCUUUGUUUCAGCCAUUCAACAUUCUCAUUUAUGUCUUUUCUUGCUGUUGAUGGCCUGUUUUCCAAAAUAGUGGGACCAAAAUCUAAUGGAUCCACAGGCUUAGUUUCAUUUAUCCCCAAAAAUCUGGAAUCGGGAUAUACAGUUUUACCUUUAAGUAUGAAGAUAGAAAGUUCCUUUCUGUGUCAAACCCUAUUUGGAGUCUUGCAGUAGUUCAAACUUAAAUAGAGUAACAGAUUUCUUCGGUGGACAGUUUAAAGGCCUCAGUCCUGGUUUACCCUGUUAAAUUUCAUGAUGGUACAGUGGUAUGUGUUUUAAAGCAGCCUUGAAGCUUGAUACAUGUUUGUAACAUGCAUUCAUUGCAUUGCAGAUCCAUUUGAUUUAUUUCUGGAAGGGAAUCAGAAUUGUAUUUUAUCACCAGGAAAAUUGACUAUUUCUACUGGAAAGAAAUGGAUUGUAAUUGAUUGAUAAGCCCUUAAUAUAUUGUUCAAAUUAUAUCAGGGUCUCUUCCAUGGUUUCUUGCAAGAGGGUUCACCUUAAUUUGGGAUGUAGCAUAGGUUGGUUAAAUGAGCAUGUCCCAAUCUUUUGCCGGCCGGCUUUAACAGCCCAGUUAACGUGGCUCCAACGAGCCUCAACAACCAGAUGUGUACAUCGGUGUAGGUCUCGGGACGACAUGAUCCCACAAGCAAUUGUCAUUUUCAACAAAAAAACGAACCACUGUCCAGCCUGGCUAAUCAGUGUAUUUAGCUUCUUUUUUUUUUUUUAUUAAUGAGACUCAUAUAUUUGAUGGCUCUGAUGUGUUUGAAUGUUUUUAUUUUUGUCUUUUAAGCCCUAUCUCCAGGAAACAAGUGGAAAUAACCCUGAUUUCUUUGAAAAGCAAAAAAAUUAAUAAAUGUGCUUCCCAUGUAACUUGAAAAAAAUAAAUAAACAUCUACAAAAUAUA